AUUUUACAUAAAAUAAGGACAUAUGGAGAGCCAACUCUGGAGCAAUGCAAGCUCUGGCCGCCAUUCUCAUGAAAGGGAUGAGCAGGAUAAAUUAAGCCAAAUAAACUACCAUUUCGAACUUGAUCAAUCAGAAAAGAUGUCUCAAAAUAAGCAUUCCACUAGCCAGAUAGAUGAUCUUGCCUUUUUGAAAUUGGGAGAUUGUCAGGAUAACAUCCUUGAUUGCCCGAGAAAUGAUCAGAACAGUCAAGAGCCAGGAGCCCAAUCUAUUGGAGAAGACCUCAAGACCAACUUUGCUGACAUUGUGACCCUCAACAAUCUUCACCUUGAUAAUGAGAGUCAGAAUGGGGAAUAUGGAGACAUCAAAAAGCCAAUUCUUUCCAACAAAGAAAGAGCCAGAAGGGCCAGACAAAGGAAGAAGAAAUACUAUGAAGCCCUGGAGAGCAGAGUCGCCUAUCUUGAGAAAAAGUGCCUUGAAUUAUCCAAAGAUAGAGACUUCUACAAGAACAAGCUUGAACUCUAUGAUGCCACUGGAAGCCCAGCUGGUGACCAGUCAGACUUCAGCAACAUGACAACAAAGCUCAUUGAGAAGCUGGAAGACUAUAUUCUCGAUUGAGAGGAAGGUGGAGUAGAUCUCGGAAAAAUUCUAACUGAACUUGGCAACAAGUAUGGCCCAUUUGGAUCAGAGAAAAUCAAGAGACUAGACAAACAAUUCACCAACUUAGUUGAUAGCAUUUUGAGUGGAGGAAACUUCAAGCUAGAGUAUUACCUGACCAAAUAACGGAGCUCCAAGCAGCUAUGAAGAGCUCACCGAUUUCAGGAAGUUGAAGAAGUACCAACAACACGAGAAGUAUCCGGACUCUCACAUUCGAGAGUACCUUGAUGCCAAGAAUGCUUGAUUCAAGGAAAAAUGCAAUUGGGACCACUACCUCAACAACGAACUUCCGAUCAGUAGAAAGCUCUGAGAAGCUCUCAAACAAGCCCUAGGCAAACUUUUCGCUGUAAAAGAUGAAAUCUAUGUCCUUCUGAUGAAAUACGACCUCUACAAAGAGCUAUAUCCCAAGUUCUGGAGAACUAACGAAGGCCUGGUCACCGUCCUACGUAGCAUCAAACACUGAAACAAUGACUUAUCUUACCAAGAAGCACUUGGAGUUGAAACCACGACUUCAGAAGUUGAAGUCGAGCUUGAUGUACCAAGACCAGAUUACUAUAGAGGACUUGAAAGGCCCAGCUACAACUUUGCAGAUGAAUCCCUUACAAAAAUUUCCCGAAAAUACACUCUCAAGUCUAUGAAAUUCACUGAAGAAUAAGCCCCAAAACCAC